UGUUUUGUAAGCACAUAGGUAACCCUCUCUCACACCUUUGAUUUGGGUAGAGAGCUAAUCAAUUAUUGUGACAUGGAUGAGCUUAAACUCAUGGUGCUCUUAUGCACAACUGUUGGAUCCAGUAAAACUACACUGUGGUCUAAUUACACUGUGCUAAAAGAAUGAAGGGCCUUGGUCAGAAAAAUGUGCAUAUCCCAUUUUAUAAAACAAUUAGCCCAUGGCUGAAUUAAUUGAGUUUAAUUAUAACAGUAAAAAUUGUAAAAAGAUUUUUAAAUACUUGGAACUGAUAAACUGGAUUCAUUUCUCAGACAUUCAGGCCUAAAUCUAUUUGUUAAUCCACCUUAAAAUAGACUGCUUGAUUUGUCUGAAGUAUCAGAAGUAGAUAAGGCAUGUAGUAGGUGGGAAAGGUUCUCUUAUUUUAUCAUGUGUUUGGGUUUUCCAGUAUGGUUCCCAUAAAUAAAUGGCUGGCUGUGUUCUGGUAACUGACGCUGUACCCUUAACCGUUCACUUUAGAUGAGACUUUGGAUGAAGUGACAAGAAAAGAACUUUGUACAAACACAUUUUGUAGCAUUUGUGGGGCCGUGCUACAGUUUGAAUCACAAAGAGUAGCACAUUAUGAGGGCAAAAAGCAUGCACAGAAAGUCCGAUUUUAUUUGCAAAUACAUGGUGAACAAAAGGAGGGACUGGAGCCCAGCAAGCAAGAAAAUCUCCAGGUGAAGAUGCCCUAUCCUGAACCCUUGAUGGAGUCAAAUGCUGACAAAAAUUCAUACUGCAGGCUUUGCAACAUGAUCUUCACAUCUCCAGUGGUUGCCCAAUCACACUACCUGGGAAAGAUCCAUACCAAAAAAAUGAAGCUGCUCUCAGAUCAGUCUCAACAGCCCAGCCAAAGCCCUCAACUAGAACCUGGUUCCUCUGGGAGUUGGAUUCCAACUCCACCAGAACUGUCUCUUGAAAAGACUUCACAAGACAGUAAGACUGAAGACCCACAUUCAUUAUAUGCAACUACUUUGGAUAAAGAUGAUCCAGAAAAGUAUUGCAAACUCUGUUCAAUCUCUUUCAACAAUCCUGUAAUGGCCAAUCAACACUAUGUGGGCAAGAAGCACAAACGGAAUGAAGUCCGUAAGAAGCUGCUAGCUGAGAUGGGAACAAGUGCCAUCCCUGUGGAAGCCAAGGCCAAUGCAGUUGGAGUGGGCAACUAUGUAUGUCCCAUCUGCAGCAUCAGCCUUUCAUCCAUAGAGAUGUACCAGUCUCACAUGCAAGGAAAUAAGCAUCAGAUUAAAGAGAACAUGAUUGCGAAACAGAUGAAGAAAUCAAAGAUAACAUAUGCUUCCUUCCAAGAUGAAUUGGAAGAUUACAUUGCAAUGCAAAAAGCUAGAGGACUAGAACCAAAAACUAAAUUUAGAAAGCCAGAGGAAAAGUUUAAAAAUAAAGAAUGCAAAGCCAUUAAUGGUCAUAAGGAUAUAUUUGUAUCUAAGCAGGAUCAAUUUUCCUGUGAUAUUUAUGAACUGGGUCAGCAUUCCAUUUUUUUCUCAGAAACCAGUGCAUAUUCUUUUGAAAAGCCAUUGCUACAUCGGUCACCAGCUGACAAGGACUCCCUAAAACUAGAAAAUGGACCCAUGUCCCAGUGCAGCACAGAAUAUUGUUCAGAAAAGCAAGUGUCUUGCUUGGCCAUCAACAAAGAUUGCAAUUACAACCCAUUGCCAGUAGAAUCCAGUAAAGCCGAUAACACUGGGUCUUACGAGAGAAGCCAGAAACUGUCAAAUACCUCCAGAAUGGAGAAGGAAUGUAUCAGCGAGGGAGAGGAAAGUCCUCUCCAACAGCCGGUAAAGCUUAAGAGAAAACAACACAGUGAAGAAGAGACAGAUUCGGGAAAGGAUGUUGAAAAGAAAAAGAAAAAGAAAGAUGAAAUGGAUUCAACAGGUGAGGGGAAGUCAAAGCAUAAUAAAGACAAAAGCAAUAAAGAGAGUUCUUCUGAAAAGGAAAGCAAAAAACAUAAGAAAGAGAAAAAAAGGUCGGAAGCCAAUGGACCAUCAGACGAAGAGAUGCUUUGGAAUGAAUCUAUCCUGGGAUUUUAGCUGACCUUUGUCCGAUCAACGUUUUGUUCAUUUGUGGUCUAAAACAUGGUGCACUUUUAUGUUUCAUUACUGAUUUUAUUUUUAAUUGGCCUUUUGGAAAUAAUGAGGUAUUGGGUAUCUCAACAAAGUGCUUGAGAAGAAUUUGAACUGGGACCCUGUAAUAUACAUACUGUGUAAUUAACAGCUUCUCGUGGAAUGACAUAUUACACAAGAUAAUAUGAAAUAUUCUUCCAACAGCAUUUAUAAAUGAGAGAAAUUGAUAGUUGCAGUAUAUCCAGGCAAGGCUAUAACUGUAUUGUUGAAGGCUUUAAAUGUUAGUUUGAAAGUAUGGGAGGGGAUUCGGGCUUUUUGAAGUUCUUGUUUACAGGUUUUGUGGGGUUUUUCCACUUCCAGUUCUGAACAUAAAAAAUGAAAGAGCCCAUUAAAUAUAUAAGAAAAUG